AUGGACCCAAAGCCUGCACAAGUCCAAGCUGAGGAGGUGUGGGUCACGUUGUCAGCACAAGGACAGCAUUCCACACAUGCGCUAUUCCCAACUGAAGCUGGACAAGUGACAAUCUCUGUAAAGUGUCCUCUCCACUUUGUUGACUUCUUUGGAUUAUUCACAAACAGCCAUUUGGUUACAAAAAGAAAAAGAAAAAUGACUGAGAUCGCGGCUGAACCUGCCCCUACGGAAGUGGAGAAAAGUUCAGAAAAAAUUGAUAUGUCUUUAGAUGACAUUAUUGAAUUGAAUAAAAGGGAAACCGACCCUGCAACAAACACAUUAGUGAUGACGAAAGAACAGCAGAAAAGGCAACAGAAUUUAGAUUUUCAUAAGCUGCAAUAUCAUUUUGGAAGAAGAGUGCAGCAAAAUGUACAAGGAUCCAAUAGACUAAGGAGAAGUACUUCUGAAUUGCAAGGGUACAGCAGAGUUAAUCGACGUUGGCUGACACAAGGUAAAAAUAUCACAUCAAGAUCAGGUGGAAGAAGACCUAUUGUUGCAGCAAAAGGAGUGAGCCCUUUGAAUCGUAAAGCCAGUUUUUGCAUGGAUUCACAACAAAUUGCACCCAUUAAGAAAGGAAUUCAAUGGAUUAUGCGGAGAAGAGCGCAGCAGGCCCAGAAGAGGUUCAGGCUAAGAAGACAGGGACCUCAAAUUCCAAAAAGAAGGAAUAUGUUCCAGAAUAGAGGGCCAAGGCAGCAGACGAAACAAACACAGAAGCAACAACGACAAGCCAUAAUCAAAAUUAACAGAGGGUUUCCAUCACUGGGUGUAAGAGAUGGGCAGAAGAAGCAAAGAACUAGGAUGUGGCGACAGCAAUCCACUUCCAGCUCCAUCCUAACAGUAUCCGUGCCUAACCAGCAAGCAGUUCAGAAACGAAGAAUCCAACACCCAUCUUUGAAUGAAAGAGAAAGGAUGGCAACUAAAGCAAUGAGGAAUCAACCAAAAGGAGUUUAUCUGGGGUUCAACUUUAAGAGUAUAGCCAACCAGACAAAUAUGACCCUGAAUGAUCGUUUCUCAUCCAUGAAAAUUUGUCGGCGUUCUGCAGAAUCAAGACGAGGAGGCAGAACUGUCACUCUGGGUUAAUGUUUGCCUUAGCUGCUUUGCUUAUGGUUUCUAGUGAAAAUAUUUUUUAAAAAGGACAAUCUAUUUAUUAUUAGUGAUGUUUUAAAAUAAGCUAUUUAAUGUGCAAUGUAUUUAAAUGCACACAAACCAUCUCAAAUGGUCUCAGUGCACAUUGCUUUUACUUUUUUUAUAAAACAAAUGUGCAGGCUACUCCUCUUAACUCAGUUGUUCUUGCUCAAUUUAUCCAACUGUUUAAAAUAAGCAAUUGAAAUAAACCAGCGUAAGAGAAAUUUCUUGCAGUAAAAUUGAAUUGAAAUAGGAGGAAUAAAUUGUAUCUUGAUGUGAAAGACAGAGUAUGGAGUCUUGUAAGUGUAAUUCAUUGCCAUGGAGCGCAGUGGAGGCCGGGACGUUGAAUGUCUUCAAGGCUGAGAUUGAUAAAUUCUUGAUCUCACAAGGAAUUAAUGGCUACAGGGAGAGUGCAGGGAAGUGGAGUUGAAAUGCCCAUCAGCCAUGAUUAAAUGGCGGAGUGGACUCAAUGGGCCUUACUUCCACUCCUCUGUCUCAUGGUCUUAUGGUAAUGUAAAAAUGACUCUCAAAGCCAGAAGAUUGACUCUGUGUUAAUGGGGAGUGAACAUCCAGCUAUAACAAUGCAUUUGACAGUCAAAGAAUUAAGGUUUUAUAGUAUUGGAAGGGGUCAAGUACAAAGAGAAGGUUAUUUCAAGCAUUUAUUAAUGAUUGGGCCUCAGUCAGUUCCACAGCACAGACCAUGGAGUGUCAGAGACUGUUAUUUUAGAAGAUGCCGUGUUGUCAGAGAUGCCUGUGCAAGUGUGAUGGGGGUUAGUUGACAGAAUUUUGCUUAAUGAAAAAAGCAGUAAUGGCUCUGAUCCUAUGGGUGCCAUAAAUGCUUCAUUUGCGAAAUGGGAAAACUGCAUUAAAAUUGACAUUUUCUUUAAUCAAUAGGUGUUGUUAUCACCGAUGCAGGUCCAAUGUUCUCUCAGUUCUGCUGGAACACUAAACGUAAUGUCAUUACAUUCUCCUUCAAGUUUGAUAAGCUUUCUAUUAACGCCGAAAUUGUUUAAUUGGGUAGAAGUAGGGCUGGCUCCUGUUCUGGUACAAUUACUUUGUCCAACCAGUUUAAAAUGCAGCCAGUUGCUGAAACAAGUUUAGAAUAUGUAGACUGUAACGUACAAGUGAAUACUGCUACUUGGUAAUUUCAUCCUAAUAGAUUAAGAGGAUGACUGGCAUCCCAACAGUUCCAGUCAUUGGUGAUGUAUUAAAAUGAAAUGGUCAUCAAUAUGUGUAAAAUAAAUUUCCUGGAUCUAUUUCAGGAUGUGAAAGAA